UGAGUGGCAGUCACGGGACCGCGACCGGCUCUGUCUGGCUUCCUGGAGGAGAGGGAGGGAUGAGCCGGGGUCUCCGAGUGCAGCAGGACAUGGAGAAGGAGCGGGAGACUCUGCAGUCCUGGAAGGAGCGCGUGGGGCAGGAGCUGGACCGUGUGGUGGCUUUCUGGACGGAGCACUCCCACGACCGGGAGCACGGGGGCUUUUUCACGUGCCUUGGCCGCGACGGGCGGAUGUAUGACGACCUCAAGUACGUCUGGCUGCAGGGGAGGCAGGUAUGGAUGUACUGUCGCCUGUACCGCACAUUCGAGCGCUUCCGCCACGCUGAGCUUCUGGACUCAGCAAAAGCAGGUGGUGAGUUUUUGCUGCGUUAUGCCCGCGUGGCACCUCCUGGCAAGAAGUGUGCCUUUGUGCUGACUCGGGACGGCCGCCCGGUCAAGGUGCAGCGGACCAUCUUCAGUGAGUGCUUCUACACCAUGGCCAUGAACGAGCUGUGGCAGGUGACCGGGGAAGUGCGGUACCAGAGCGAAGCAGUCGAGAUGAUGGAUCAGAUCAUCCUCUGGGUGCGGGAGGACCCGUCGGGGCUGGGCCGGCCCCGGCUCCCAGGGGCCCCGACGGCGGAGCCCAUGGCAGUGCCCAUGAUGCUGCUAAGCCUGGUGGAGCAGCUCGGGGAGGCGGACCAGGAGCUGGCAGGCAAAUACGCUGAGCUGGGAGACUGGUGUGCCCGGAGGAUUCUGCAGCACGUGCAAAGGGAUGGACAAGCUGUGCUGGAGAACGUGUCAGAGGAUGGCCAGGAGCUUUCUGGUUGCCUGGGGAGACACCAGAACCCAGGCCACGCACUGGAAGCCGGCUGGUUCCUGCUCCGUCAUUCCACCCGGAAAGGUGACCCUGAGCUUCGAGCCCACGUUAUCGAGAAGUUCCUGUUGGUGCCCUUCCGCUCUGGAUGGGACCCUGACCACGGAGGCCUCUUUUAUUUCCAGGAUGCCGAUGACCUCUGUCCCACCCAGCUGGAGUGGGCCAUGAAGCUGUGGUGGCCGCACAACGAGGCCAUGAUUGCCUUUCUCAUGGGCUACAGUGACAGUGGGGACCCUGCUUUGCUGGACCUCUUCUACCAGGUGGCUGAGUACGCCUUCCGCCAGUUUCGCGAUCCCGAGUAUGGGGAAUGGUUUGGCUAUCUGAACCGAGAGGGAAAGGUUGCCCUCACCAUCAAGGGGGGUCCCUUCAAAGGAUGCUUCCACGUGCCGCGGUGCCUGGCCAUGUGCGAGCAGAUGUUGGACGCCUUGCUGAGCCGCCCCGCGCCCGGUGCCUGCACCCCGCUCGCCGUCCCCGCCCUCUGAGACGCGGAAUAAAGCUGAGCCUGCGGCACCUGC